AAACCACCAUACAAAUGUGUACCCCUCCAUCAAACAAUCAUAAAGACCUCAAAGUAGAUUAGUAUCAGAUAUAAAAAUGACUGACACAACGAAUCGGCAUCUGAGACACAAGUUGCAGAGCUUAGGACGACGUUUGGAUGAGCUUGAAGAGGCCAAGAGCAAACUGCAGAAAGCUGAGGAUGAACUUAUUGACCUUCAGGACAAAAUCAUUCAGGCUGAGGGGAGCAAUUCUGCACUCCUCGCCGAUGUAGAGGCAAUGCGGAAGAGAUUGCUCAGAAUUGAAGGCAAAGAUGAGGAGGUAAGGAAAGCAGAGGAUCUUUGUCGUGAGGUUAGGGAGAAACUUGAUCAGGAGGAGAAGCUUACAAAGGAGCUUAAAGUGGAGAUUGAGCAUCUUCAGCGCAGAAUGACUGAACUUGAGAAGCUUGAAGAGGCUUUUGGAAAAAGCAAGUUAGACUGUACCCAGUUGUGCCUUAGUCUGAAUGAGGAGAAAAACUUGACCAAAAAGCUCUCCUCAGAGCUUGAUGCCUUGAAGGCUCAUAUAAAGGAGGUGGAAUCCUCAGAAGCUCGACUGGACAGGGCAGAAAAAUCUCUUGCUGUGGAUAUGGAGAAGCUAAAAAGUCUCACUCAGACAUUUGUGAAUGAACGCAAAAGGCUUCUGGAAAGGCAGAGAGAGGACGAGAAAAUCAUACUCAAACUGACCGAGAAACUUGAGCAUCAGAAAAACAAACUAGUUACAACAGACCACAGCCAAUUUGAUUCUAGGGACCUUCGAAUUGAGGAUGAAUUUUCAGCAGGCCUUACCUGCAAACUGGCCAGAAAGAAGAGUUUUGACUACUUGAAGCAUUCACAAGAAUUAAAUUUGAGAAAUGAGUCAGAGAAUGAAAAAAAUAGCUUAGAGGGGCAGGAAGAUAAUAAGGUUAAGGACCUCAGUCAGGAAGUGGAAAGGCUGAAGAAUCGUUUGAAGCAGAUGGUGUUAGUGGAGGAGGACUUGAAGAACCUGGAAUCUAAGAAUGCUGAGCUGAUAGAUAAGUACCAGCGGGAGAGGAGCCGUAGUCAUGCUCUCCAUGAUCAGAUUGAACAGAUGAAAAUGCAGCUAAAUGGUUGUAGUAAUACUAAUGGAAACUCAGCAAUUACUUGUGCCACAAAGGUCCUGGAGAAUGGCAAGACAGAAAACGAGGAGAUAAUUUUACGAGGAGGCUUCAGACAGGAAAAACCUAAAUUGAUAAAUAGGAGUCCUGCUGCUUCUGAAUCAACCUCUAGGUACAAAAGCAGAGAUGCGUCUCCUCAACAGAGGCGAGAAACCAAGUUGAGGAACAAAGACCUAUGUCACUCCACAGAGAGCUCCCCAAAGACUGUACGAAGGGCUCUUAGUCCAGCACAUGGUGUCAGGAAAGGUUUGAAGACUGCUGCAUCCAGUUUUGACAAUGAGACAAAAGAUGGAAAGAAAGAUGAAAAACUUGGAAGUGCUACACAGACUUCAUCAAGCACACUCAGUGAGAGUAAAAAAGUUUCAGUCCUUAGUCGCUAUCCUCCAGCUGCUAAUGACCAAAAGUCUUGGAAGCCAUUGGUCAAACAGAAUGACAGUGAUAGCAAGAAGAGUCGAACAGACAAAAUUUCCAGGUACCCUGGAAGCGAUAGUGAAUCCAGCAGCUCUGAUGGGGCACUUUUACUUUCAGCCAGGGCUGCUUGCAUAGCUUCGCCCGUGCAAGGAAUAACUGAACCAGAGAGUUUAGAUAAUUUGCAGGAUUCAUCUGCAAUGCUGAGUCUCUCAAAGGCAAAUGGAUCCUAUACUGCCUACAGGUCACAUGUAUCGUCAUCUCUUGAUCAUGGUUCUGAUGGUCAUUCCUCAGCCUCAGAAACAGAAUCCACUGGUUCUAAGCGAUCAACAGGUGAACAAAGUGACCCUGCUUCUUUGAUGUCAAAUACUAGUGAAAAAACAUCAUCAAAGUACCCUAGAUACACACGCCUGCAAGAUUCUCACUCUAAUAGCUCCUCAAAGGGCUCCUUCAGUGAGGAGCAACACAGGCCUCUUAAAGCAGAACGGGAUACCGAAGAGACCAUACAAAACACAUCUGGUAUUGGGGUCCGGAGGGUAUGCAGCCCUCGUGAAGCCCUCCGGUCAAAAGCUGUCAUCAAGCAAGCCAUUGUUGAGAUUGACAGGAAAGAAAUCAUGUCAGGUGGAAUCACAGAACCUUUGACCACCAGUGGGAAACCCAAGAUCUCCACUAAGCCAGUAGUGACCAGCAAGAUGACUAGCAGUAUCACCUUCUAUCCCAAUGACCCCAGCUCAUCUCGAACAAGCAGUCGGAGCAGCAGUCUAUCAAGUGAGCCCCCUUCCAAGGAAAGGCACACUUCCACCAGUAAUAUUGUCAUUGGCCCAAGCAGUGAACAUAGGGGCAGCAUCUCUAGACCUUAUGAAAUAUCCAUCCCUAAGAGUGAGAUCACUCUGCAUCAAAUUGAGAAUGAUUCAGACUUCUCUGAACCUCACAGUUUCCUCGAGACUGCUCCUGUGGAGGCAACCCCCCUGUCUCAAAGCAGCUUUAGCCUCCAGUCUUCAGAAACUUCAGACUUCAGCAAUGACAUUGAGUCUGGGUUUGAGAGCAGCAGUAGCAGUACCACUGUGACCAGCUGGAGAGGCCAUAGACACAACCACCACUCUUACGAUGACAGUUUGCCAGAAAUGAGAAACAUCACUGUCAGAAGCACUUGGAGAAGCCGUGGGGCAUCUUCUGCAGAUGAAUGUGGUCGAGCACUAAGGCAAGAUGGCUCAGAGGAUGAGGGCGAGUCUGCCACAACCUGGAGAGCAUAUAGGGCCACUACAGUGUUGGAUACUCCAUCAAACUCCAGCACUGCUAAUAACGGAAGUAAACCAAGCCCAGCAGAUGUAUACAUGCGUAGGAUUAACAAUGCAGCAUCAUCUGUCCCUGAACCAGGACGAAGGAACAAGAAGACUCCUUCACCAGAGAGGGUUGUUUCACAUGAACCUGUCAGUGCCCAGCAACUUCAACCAAGAGGCCAUAAACAACCUAUGUCUGCAGAUGAUAGAGAGCCUGCUUCGUCUUCAUGGAGGAGACAGCCCACAGGUGAAGUGAACCCGUACGAGAGGUCUGGGAAUCAAGGAGCGUGGUCCAGUAGGGGUCGCACAGAUGAUGGAAGCCAACCGUGGUCGAGCCGCCAUUUAGACAACUGACCCAGAUUACCCACAAUUCCAACUACAGAGGAAUGAAGCUCACCUCGUCUUUUCCAUCCGUUACACCAUGCCUUAAAAAGACUCAUCAGCAUGAACGAUUUCCAGGUUGAUCUAAGUGACCUCUUGGAACCUCCAGCCUUCCCUCUUACACCAGCCACACCUGUAUGACUUUACUGUCUUCCUGCUGUCACUUCCUGGUGGGAAAAGAAGUCACAUGUUCUUACAGCAAUGAGUCCUCUUCUGCUUCUCAUAGUGUAGUAAAGUCGUCAGACAAGACAAGGGAGAGUCACUGGGACAUGUGACUGUCUUAGUGUUGGUUUGACCACAGGAAGACAUGGAGGGCAGUUGUGGGUUACUGUUGGUAUUUAUCAUCAUUAUGAGAAACCUACGAAGACCUCUAUGGGGCCACAGGUCUUGGUAGAUGUCCAAACUUUGUUUCAUGUUUUGUUUUCAUAAGCAGCAAAUAACAGCUCAUGGUGUUUCGUUUAGUUUGACAGUCUCAUGUUUAGUUAUUUUUGUACUUCUUUUUUUUUUUUUGCAACUUGUUUGUUAAUUCAGGAAAUUAUUGGGAUUAUUCCACAAAACUGAUUGAGUAUCAAGUGAAUCAACUUGCAAACACUAAUAUACAUAUACCGAUCAGCCACAACAUUAAAA